CUUUUUCCAGUCUUUGCUGGUGCUUUUGGUGCAAUUCCAUUUAUCUUCAUACCACCUUUCCUUCUUUGACCUCAUACUGAUGUAAGUGGCUGGAUUUGUUACACACAGGACAGAACAAGAAAAGAAUGGAAUAUAGGAACAUUUUCCCUGGCUUUCUUUUCUGCUGCAUUUUGCUUACAGCAAGCUAUUCCUACAUGAUAUUUGAGGAAAAGCAGGACACAGACAACACUGUGGUAAAUAAUAACAAAAUCAAGUUCCCGGAUCUUCCACCCAUCUCCAUAGUAGAUUUAACCAAAACAUCCCUGAAGCUAAGCAGAAAAGAGGCUGAGAAAAAGAAAUCCAUGAAGAAAAAAGCUCAACAGAAAAAGCCUCCCCAAGCAAGACCUUCACCUGCUCCUAACUGUGUGGCUACUUGGGCAAGCUGCAAGUCCCCAUCUCGUCCCUGCUGUGAAUUCUGUGCUUUCUGUUACUGCAGAUUAUUUCAGACCGUCUGCUAUUGCCGAAUGGGAAACCCAAAUUGCUAAACCAAAACCAGCAAUGCUACUGGGACUC